CCAACCAAUAGUCAACUACAAAAUCUUGAUUUAUUAAUUACUUCUCUUUUUAAGCAUUCUAAGCUUCACUCUUCUAUUUCUCCAUUACUUCACUGCUACUCACACCCAACUCAUUUCUCUUUCGUGGAUCCUGUCACGCCCUCCAGCUUCUAAAAAAAUUCCAAGGCUUGAAUCAUGGCCGAGGAGCUGGAGAAACCACUGUUGGAUCCUGAGAACUUUAACCGGGAAGGGAUUGAUUUGGAACGCUUGCCACUAGAGGAAGUUUUUGAACAACUGAGAACUUCCCGAGAAGGACUUUCAUCUGAAGAUGCUGAAGUCAGGUUGAAAAUAUUUGGCCCAAACAAACUUGAAGAGAAGCCAGAGAACAAGUUUUUGAAGUUCCUUAGUUUUAUGUGGAAUCCAUUAUCAUGGGUUAUGGAAGCUGCAGCUGUAAUGGCUAUCGUGCUCGCUAAUGGUGGAGGAGAAGGUCCUGACUGGCAGGACUUUGUAGGAAUUAUUUGCUUGCUGCUGAUCAAUUCAACAAUUAGUUUUAUAGAGGAAAAUAAUGCUGGAAAUGCUGCAGCUGCACUAAUGGCUCAUUUGGCACCCAAAACAAAGGUCCUCAGAGAUGGAAGAUGGAAAGAGGAAGACGCAGCAAUUUUAGUACCUGGAGAUAUAAUUAGUAUUAAGCUUGGGGAUAUCAUCCCUGCAGAUGCUAGACUACUUGAAGGCGAUCCGCUAAAAAUUGAUCAGUCAGCUCUCACCGGAGAAUCACUUGCAGUCACCAAGAGGACAGGUGAUGAAGUAUUUUCAGGUUCAACAUGCAAGCAUGGUGAAAUUGAAGCUGUGGUUAUAGCAACUGGUGUUAACACCUUUUUUGGAAAAGCAGCACAUCUAGUUGAUUCUACUAUAGUUGUCGGACACUUCCAGCAGGUCCUUACCUCCAUUGGGAACUUCUGCAUCUGCUCUAUAGCUGUGGGAAUGGUUCUUGAAAUCAUUGUCAUGUUCCCAAUACAACAUCGUUCGUAUAGGGAUGGAAUCAACAACCUUCUUGUUCUCUUGAUUGGAGGAAUACCUAUAGCAAUGCCAACCGUGUUAUCUGUCACACUUGCAAUUGGUUCUCACCGGCUAUCUCAACAGGGUGCCAUUACAAAGAGGAUGACUGCAAUUGAAGAAAUGGCAGGAAUGGAUGUCCUUUGCAGUGACAAAACUGGAACUCUUACCUUGAAUCGCCUCACAGUUGACCGAAACCUUAUUGAGGUUUUCAACAAAGAAAUGGACAAAGAUAUGAUUGUCCUGCUUGCAGCCAGAGCAUCAAGAUUGGAGAAUCAGGACGCUAUUGAUGCAGCCAUCGUUAACAUGCUUGCCGAUCCAAAGGAGGCACGGGCAAACAUUAAAGAAGUUCACUUUCUGCCUUUCAAUCCAGUGGACAAACGUACUGCAAUUACAUAUAUUGAUUCUGAUGGUAACUGGUAUCGUGCCAGCAAAGGAGCUCCUGAGCAGAUCCUACAUAUGUGCCAAGAAAAAGAUAAGAUUGCUGAAAAAGUUCAUGUCAUCAUUGACAAAUUUGCUGAAAGAGGCUUGCGAUCUCUUGGAGUUGCAUUUCAGGAAGUACCUGAAAAGAGAAAGGAUAGUCCCGGAGGUCCUUGGACUUUUUGUGGGUUGUUGCCCUUGUUUGAUCCUCCUAGGCAUGAUAGUGCUGAGACCAUCCGCAGAGCGCUUAAUCUUGGUGUCUGUGUUAAGAUGAUUACAGGUGAUCAGCUGGCAAUUGCAAAAGAAACAGGAAGACGACUAGGCAUGGGAACCAACAUGUACCCAUCUUCUUCGCUGUUGGGUCGGGAUAAGGAUGAAAAUGAAGUUCUUCCAGUAGAUGAGCUCAUUGAGAUGGCAGAUGGCUUUGCCGGUGUAUUCCCUGAACACAAAUAUGAAAUUGUGAAAAUCCUGCAAGAAAAGAAGCAUGUAGUUGGGAUGACUGGAGAUGGUGUAAAUGAUGCACCUGCUUUAAAGAAAGCAGAUAUUGGAAUAGCGGUAGCAGAUUCCACAGAUGCUGCAAGAAAUGCUGCUGAUUUGGUCUUAACUGAGCCUGGGUUAAGUGUGAUUGUUAGUGCUGUCUUAACAAGCAGAGCUAUAUUCCAGAGAAUGAAGAACUAUACAAUAUAUGCUGUCUCCAUUACCAUUCGUAUUGUGCUUGGUUUUGUGCUUCUUGCCUUGAUAUGGGAAUAUGACUUCCCUCCUUUCAUGGUUCUGAUAAUAGCCAUACUUAAUGAUGGGACUAUCAUGACUAUUUCGCAAGACCGAGUUAAGCCGUCUCCAAGGCCUGACAGUUGGAAACUUCCUGAGAUAUUUGCAACUGGUAUUGUUAUUGGGACAUAUCUUGCGUUGAUUACCGUGUUGUUUUACUGGGUUGUGAUCGACACGGAUUUCUUCGAGAACACCUUCAAUGUAAGAUCUCUAUCAAGCAAUACUGAAGAAGUCUCUUCUGCAGUAUAUCUGCAAGUCAGCAUAAUUAGCCAAGCUCUCAUAUUCGUCACUCGCAGCCAAAGUUGGUCAUUUAUGGAGAGGCCUGGAACUCUAUUGAUGUGUGCAUUUAUAGUGGCUCAAUUGGUGGCUACUUUGAUUGCGGUUUAUGCACAUAUUAGCUUUGCUUACAUUAGCGGAAUUGGAUGGGGAUGGGCUGGUGUUAUUUGGUUAUACAGUUUAAUCUUCUAUAUACCACUUGAUAUUAUCAAGUUCAUAGUUCGUUAUGCCUUGAGCGGAGAAGCAUGGAAUCUUUUAUUCGACAGAAAGACUGCUUUUACUUCAAAGAAAGAUUAUGGAAAGGAAGACAGGGCAGCUCAGUGGGUUUUGUCUCAGAGGAGUCUGCAAGGAUUGAUGGCUGCAGAUUUAGAGUUCAAUGGCAAGCGAUCUCGAUCUUCUUUGAUUGCUGAACAGGCCAGGCGGCGAGCUGAAAUAGCUAGGCUAGGAGAGAUUCACACCUUGAAAGGACAUGUAGAAUCAGUAAUAAGGCUUAAGAAUUUGGAUUUGAAUGUUAUUCAAGGAGCUCAUACAGUUUGAAGCAAACAUUGUAUCAUCCAAUUCUCUAUUUUGAAGAACUUGGCAGAAGCAAGUUGCUCUCAGAUGAUAAAAAUUUCUGUAAUAUAAUCAGCCAAAAGAAUUGAAAUUUGUUAUUCGAGAGUAUCAUUUGGGAUUAGCAUUUUUUGAGGUCCAGGAGUCAGGACAAAAUCUGAAGAGGGUAUCUUCAAGAAAUAAUGUCAUGUUGCUUCAUAUUAUGUAUUGCAAUUUUUUCUUUUCCUUUU